AUGCCUAAAGGAAAAGGGAAGCUAUCAAUGAUUAUACUGAUUGAAAAUGGCUACCUCAUAUCAAAUGCACCACCUCAAGCAGAUGGUGACGUCGUCACCGCCCAAAGCGACCAAUCCAAGGUCUCGGAUCUCCAACUUCUUGCAGGCCAUCAUUACCUGAGAGGAACGUUGGCACAUGACAACCGGCCUCGUCAACCAAUCACAGGAGAAUUUUGCGACCUGACUUCCGAGCUCGAUCCUGUAGCUGAUUUGAUAUUCAUAAAUAUUGCGUGUUCACAUUUUCAUACUCAAGACUACAUAAACGAACUGGUUGAGGCUGACAGAAAAGGGGGAAAGUUCAUUUGUACUGGAACAUUCUUAAAUCCCGGAUCGUGGGAUGCUGCACUUCUUGCUGCUGGUACCACGUUAUCAGCAAUGCAAUAUAUCCUUGAUGGGUGCGGAAAAAUUGCUUAUGCAUUGGUUAGGCCACCAGGUCAUCAUGCUCAGCCUACUCAAGCAGACGGUUACUGCUUUCUCAAUAAUGCAGGUCUUGCUGUACAGCUGGGGCUCAAUUCUAGGUUUAAGAAAGUUUCAGUUAUCGACAUUGAUGUCCAUUAUGGGAAUGGAACUGCAGAAGGUUUCUAUUGCUCUGAUAGGGUUCUUACUAUCUCCCUUCAUAUGAAUCAUGGUUCGUGGGGUCCUUCUCAUCCACAGAAGGGAAGUAUAGACGAGCUAGGUGAAGGGGAUGGCUUUGGAUAUAAUUUGAAUAUACCUUUGCCAAAUGGAACUGGAGAUAGAGGGUAUGCGUAUGCUAUGGCCAAGUUAGUUGUUCCAUCAGUAGAGAAGUUUGAACGAGACAUGAUUGUUUUGGUUGUUGGUCAAGACUCCAGUGCAUUUGAUCCAAAUGGAAGGCAAUGCUUGACAAUGGAAGGAUAUAGGAAGAUCGGACGUAAAGUUCGCGAAAUGGCUGACAAGUAUUGCGAUGGAUGUAUCUUGAUCGUCCAAGAAGGUGGAUAUCAUGUUACAUAUUCAGCUUAUUGUUUGCAUGCUACUCUUGAGGGCGUGCUUAAUAAUCCAGAUCCAUUAGUAUCUGAUCCUAUUGCCUAUUACCCGGAAGAUGAGGCCUUCACAACAGAAGUUGUCGAAUCCAUAAAGAGAUAUCAAAUGGAUAAGGUGCCCUUUUUAAAAUAGUCUAUGACAUUAUGCUUAGUUGUUGCUAUCUUGAGAUUGUAGCUGUAAUAUAAUGUAUUCAUGUAGAUUCUUUAUAUUCUAUAAUGCUUUUCGAGAUUGUAUAAUAUAACUUGGAAUUGUUGGCCAA